UGACGCUGAUUCGGUCGCAGGAAGAAACUAACAGUAGUUUGACACCGUGCCGAAGACAUGUGUGGAAUAUUUGCGUACCUCAACUACCACGUCCCUCGCACUCGCCGUGAGAUCCUCGAGAUCCUGCUGAAAGGUCUGCAGCGACUGGAGUACCGCGGAUACGACUCGGCAGGAGUGGGCAUCGACGGAGGAAACAGUAAGGACUGGGAGAACAAUGCUAAGACCAUCCAUCUGAUCAAACAGAGAGGCAAAGUGAAGGUCCUGGACGAGGAGAUCCACAAGCAGCAGGACAUUGAUCUAGAUGUCGAGUUUGAUGUCCACCUUGGUAUCGCGCACACGCGCUGGGCCACACAUGGUGCUCCCAGUCCCGUCAACAGCCACCCACAGAGAUCUGACAAACACAACGAGUUCAUUGUCAUUCAUAAUGGAAUCAUUACCAACUACAAAGACCUGAGGAAGUUCCUGGAGAGUAAAGGUUAUGAGUUUGAGUCCGAGACCGACACCGAGAGCAUCGCUAAGCUGGUGAAGUAUAUGUACGACAACCGUGAGAACAGUGAAGUCAGCUUCGCUACACUCGUCGAGCAGGUUACUCAGCAGCUGGAAGGAGCCUUCGCCCUGGUGUUCAAGAGCGUGCACUUCCCAGGAGAGGCUGUGGGAACAAGGAGAGGAAGUCCACUGCUGAUGGGUGUGAAGAGCGACCACAAGCUCUCAACAGAUCACAUUCCCAUCCUCUACCGCUCAGCUGGUAAGGACAAGAAGAGCUGUGGUGGUUCUCUGCCCAGGAUGGACCAGGACACCUGCCUGUUUCCUGUGGAUGAGAAAGCUGUCGAGUUCUACUUCGCCUCUGACGCCAGUGCUGUGAUCGAGCACACGAACCGAGUCAUCUUCCUGGAAGACGACGACAUCGCUGCUGUGUCAGACGGCCGUCUGUCCAUCCACCGGAUCAAACGGAGAGCAGGAGAUCAUCCAGCUCGUGCCAUCCAGACCCUGCAGAUGGAGCUGCAGCAGAUCAUGAAGGGUAAUUUCAGCUCCUUCAUGCAGAAGGAGAUCUUCGAGCAACCAGAAUCUGUCGUCAACACCAUGAGAGGCAGAGUGAACUUCGACGACAACACAGUGACAUUAGGAGGAUUGAAAGAUCACAUUAAGGAGAUCCAGAGGUGUCGGAGGCUCAUCCUUAUUGCAUGUGGAACCAGCUAUCAUGCAGGAGUGGCAACCCGUCAGGUGUUGGAGGAGUUAACUGAGCUGCCUGUCAUGGUGGAACUGGCCAGUGACUUCCUGGAUCGCAACACACCAGUCUUCCGGGAUGAUGUGUGCUUCUUCAUUAGCCAGUCAGGCGAGACAGCCGACAGCCUGAUGGCGUUGCGGUACUGUAAGGAGCGUGGCGCCCUCACCGUGGGCAUCACCAACACCGUGGGCAGCUCCAUCUCCCGCGAGACUGACUGCGGCGUCCACAUCAAUGCCGGGCCUGAAAUCGGAGUGGCCAGCACUAAGGCAUACACCAGUCAAUUUGUGGCCCUCGUCAUGUUCGCCUUGCUCAUGUGCUCGGACAGAAUCUCCAUGCAGCCCAGGAGGCGGGAGAUCAUUCAGGGCCUCAGAGUGCUGCCAGAUCUGAUAAAGGAGGUGCUGAGUCUGGAUGAUGAGAUCCAGAAGCUGGCCACCGAGCUCUACCAGCAGAAAAGCGUGCUCAUCAUGGGCCGAGGCUACCACUACGCCACCUGCCUGGAGGGGGCGCUGAAAAUUAAAGAGAUCACCUACAUGCACUCGGAGGGCAUCUUGGCAGGAGAGCUGAAGCACGGCCCUCUGGCUCUGGUGGAUAAACUCAUGCCUGUUAUCAUGAUCAUCAUGAGGGAUCACACGUACGUCAAGUGCCAAAAUGCUCUCCAGCAAGUGGUAGCAAGACAGGGUCGUCCCAUAGUGAUCUGUGACCAGGACGACUACGAGACCAUAAAGAACUCGAGCCGUACUAUUAAAGUGCCGCACUGCGUGGACUGCCUGCAGGGGAUCCUCAGCGUCAUCCCACUCCAGCUGCUGUCCUUCCACCUGGCCGUCCUCAGAGGAUAUGAUGUGGAUUGCCCGAGGAACUUGGCAAAGUCAGUCACGGUGGAGUAAAACCCUUGUGGAAUAUGUGACCUUUAAAACACACACACACACACACACACACACACACACACACAUAUAUAUAUAUAUACAUACAUACUGGAAGUGAAAAGGGAGGGAAAAAAAUCACAUUUCUACAGCAUUUCUUUCUCAAACUCUCUUUUUACCAUGUUCCCUUCGUAUGAGGAGUAGCAGCUGUUGAUUGUAUCGUCCUUUUCGUUGGUGGUGGCAGGGUGUGGGGAAGUUGUCUUUUACACACUUCCUCCUCUGUGAUGGGUGGCUUGAUCGAACUCCAUGUUCAGUCUUGGGUUUUAUCGUGUGCGUCAUCCCCAGAUAUGCCAAUUUUUUUUUUUUGCACAUUUCAGAUGCAUUAAUAGCAAAAACUCUUACAUGGACACCAAAAACCGUAACCGUGUUUUGAUGUUUUAGUCCUCAGCACAUUUAUACCAGUCGUCCCUGUCUACUUUGAAAUCUUGAUGCUGAUUAUUAAUGCUAAUCCCAUGAGCAGUCCAUAGUUUUGUUUGUUUCAUCGUGGUGGCUGAAAACACUAGUGCUACGGUAGUUUAUCUUAGUGUAUUCUCUGUUACAUUAUAUUUUCAUUUUACCAGGUACAAUAUAGUCAAUCAGUGCAGCUUUGCUACAUCCAGGCUUUUAAUUGAUGUCUCCAGUGAGUACUAUUUUAUAUUUAACGAUUAUUCGCUGAAAUCGAGUCGUACGUGAGCUGAUGGCUGACAAGGCACGUAGCACCGAGUUGGCUAUUUUCCAUGUACGACGAGAUUGGGUGGAAUAACUGUUUUAUUCUAUCCACAUUCACUGGAUUUUGAGAAACCGAGCAUUUUUAUUUUUAUGCAAAUUCGAUGAAUCAAAACUUGAUACAAAAUGUCCGACAAAAUAAUUUCCGCUUAAAAUGUAAAACAAACCGGCGAAAUGACAGGAGCAAUUUGUGAAAAAUGCUGCUAUAAUAAUAAUAAUAAUAAUAAUAAUAAUAAUUCUUGAAAAAAAGAAAAGAAAAAAGAAAAAACGUUCUUACCACCAAAUACUUUUCAUUCCUUUUUUUUUUUGUGGUUUUUGUUUGAGUAGUUUUUAUUUCGUCCUCGGUUGGUUCAGCAACGCGCUCCGCCAUUUUGUUUUUCUCUACUCACGGUGUAUGAGCUGAUAUCCUAGUAGUAGAGUGGCUAAUCAGCGCGCACGAUUGCUCAUAUCAUAUCAUUAAUAAUUAUUUGCCGAAGACGAAGUGAGUAUCGGUGAAUAAUAACCAAGACGAAGUCGAGGUUAUUAUUCAUCUAAUAUACCAUGCACUGAGAGGCUCCAGUUGAAAUUAUGGAUUCUCUGAGGUGACUGGCAUAGUACUAUUUUGCGAUGGGCGCAGUUCUGUGCCAGUCACCAAAGAGAAUCCGUAAUUCCUGGAGCCUCUCAGUGCAUGGUUUAUUGGAUCGAUAUCCCUCAUCAAUAAAUUCCAAACUAAAAGUGUUAAGAUUGAAUCUCAGCAUAAACUCACUGGAGGCAGCCAUGUGUGUUGUUUACAUCAGAGCAACCUUCGACCUGUUCUUGUACAGUGUACCAUGCUAUCGCCUGUCUCGCUAGCCAUGAUCAUGACACAUACUGUAAAUCUAUACACACAGAAAUGCUCGCUGUGACUCGAGUCAGCCGUAUAGCUUGAAAUUGUAACGUUAGUUCAUGGUAUAUCCAGGAUAUACCAUGACUGACACACCAUGUCAAUUUAUUAUUAUUAUUUUUUUAUUUUUGACGUCACGAGAUACAUUGCUUAGUCAAUAGUGGAACUAUUUUCUGUCACGUGAGCCAUCCUUGGCCUAUCCUUGCACGGUAAUUUUUUGACGAGGGAUAUUCACUGAGCUUGAGGUGUAUAAUUUGUUUUAGUGUAAAUACACAGGUGAUUAUUUCAAACUUCAAAAGCGGCAUGCGAAUGUAAUAAAUGCGCGGCGCAGACUUGUCACUUAGCUGCGCCGAGUCACAUAAAAUGCUUUGUUUUAUAAAUAAAAUAAGUCACAAUUCUACCUUACCUUUGAAUAGGCUUAGACCAAACUUCAUAGCAUCUUUAGUGCUUUUAGGAACAGCAUUUUCUUUCAUCAUGUGUGAUUCUUCCUCACUUACGGUGAAGAAGCGAUCAGCCACCGAUUUGCCGAGUCGCUCGAGGUGAUUAUCGAGAAAUAGUCUGAGGUGGUGUUUACAUUAGACCGUAUCCGUCUCGUUUUCGUCGCGGAUGCACUGUCCGUUCACGUUAAAACGCCGGGAAACGACUCCACAGGCGGAACAACUUGAAUCCGCCAGGGCCCACGUAUUCAACCCAGUUCGUAUCUGAUCCGGUGCUGUGUAAACAUUGAGAUACGAGGAAACGCAGUGCUGAGCUCUAGCUGACGUCGUCAUUGGACGACGUCACUGUGACAUCCACCUUCCUGAUUCGCUGGCGUUGUUCAUGCCACGUUGGUCAUGUGACGCGACUGCUGAAAAACGGCGCGGACUUCACUUCCUGCUAUUGUUUCCGCCUUGUAUCACCUUUUUGUUUUUUAUUAAAGAGUAUAAAAGUAUGAAUAUAAUGCUUUGCUUUGUCAUUCUUAAUGUUGUUCAUGGUAAGAUGCAAAUACUGCCCAUUGUGUAGUUAUGAUCGUCUUUAGGCUUGCCAUCCUUCCACUUGCAAGUGGUGAGUGACUUGCGCAUGCUGCCCGAUAUACACUGGGAUCACACACACAGCAGCUCAGUCCCGAAUCACUGCUCGUGCGCUUCACUCGCGCGCUCUGUGAGCUGCGCAGGGCCGGAGUGCGCACCCUCCAGAGGGCACUCGCUGUUCUGGGCGGAGUGAUUUGGAGCGCAGCCGCUGAGGAGGAAGCGCUGAGCCGCACUGACACAUUUCAACUUACGUGCCGUCUAAUUAGUCAUGUGAUUAGCGUAUCCGUGUAUUGGCGUUGCUGUGUGCACGCGAAUCAUUUUAAAAACGUUAAUCUGAUGAUCCGCUGAUACGGUCUAAUGUAAACACCACCUGAAUUUCUCGACCAAUCAGCACGCAGGAUUUCCUAUAAUCACCUGUGUAUUUAUACUAAAGUGGUAUAAUAAAUGUUCAUGAUCUUUAUGUCAAAGAUAACUCAUGUAAAGUAAAUACAUACGCGCGUUCAGCUAUGCUAGCUGACUGAAACGUGAUGUGCUUUGGCCAGAUUGUUUUUCAGUGCCUUGUCUGGCACAAGUUCUCACUAGUUACUGAAGUCCUGACUGCAGGGAUUGUUCUGAUUUCUGUAUUUACUUGAAUUUUUAUUAUCCUCAGCAUAGUUACACAACUUACAUCUGACUGUUACAGUCUUUACCUGUUAUCUAGUGUGUUAUGAAGUUUCAUCAGCCAACUUGUUCGAUUUAAACGCAUCUGACUUGCGCCUGUUUAUACCACGGGUCUGUUGAAUCGGCAGCUCCGAGAGUCGUUCCAGUUUAUAUCGACGCCUUUUGGUUCGUUUCAUUUCUGUCGAAGCAACUCAGUCGCAGGGAUGUUGAUGGAUAUCGCGCUACCCAUUUAACCGUAACGAUAAACAAAUUGAACAUGUUGGUUUGGUUCCCGUAAGGAGAGGUUUGUUUCACCUUUAUGGAAAGAGUCAGAGCGUCAGCACUUUGUACCAGUCGGGGUGUUUUUCUCUUUUUCCGCCGUAGGAAAGCCUUCAAGGCGGAGGAGUUUAGGAUUUUCUGUUUCUCUGGAACAUUUAUAAAUUGAAGGUUGAUGUGCAAAACCAUAAGCCUGGCUUCAUAAUAAUAAUAAUCAUCAUCAUCAUCAUCUCCAGGUUUUUUUUUUUUGUUGUUGCUUUGUUUGUAUUUUUGACUUUAAUGAGUUUCAGGUUUACAGUGUAACUGCUAGUGAAGCAGGAAAACACAGAAAACAUGAAAUUAACAUUUUUUUUCCUUCUUUUUUUUUAUUUAUGUACACAGCUACUCCACACUAUGCCACCUUCCUUAUCGUUGAAUGUUACCAUGGGACCAUACACUUUUAUACUUGUGCUUUUGGUCUUGGGCUCUUCUUUUGUUUAAAUGUUUUUUUUUUCUCGUAUAUUCUUUAUUACUGUAAUGCCUAUAUACCCAAGUGUAAAAAUCUCGUUUUAUUUUUAAAAUUUAAAAAAAAUUUCUCCUUUUUUGUUGAAAUUAUUAUUAAUCAUCUCAUCUCAUGAUCUCUAGCCGCUUUAUCCUGUUCUACAGGGUCGCAGGCAAGCUGGAGCCUAUCCCAGCUGACUACGGGCGAAAGGCGGGGUACACCCUGGACAAGUCGCCAGGUCAUCACAGGGCUUAUUAUUAAUUAAUCAUAAUAACCAUUAUUAUUAUUAUUAUUAUGUCUUAUUUGAGUGAUUUUGUUUAGAAGUACCUGCCAGUUUCUGAGUGCCUCUCAGACCCUUGUAGAAGUUUCUGAUGGUAAACUCUGACCUCACGCUGAGUUGAAUGAGGUGCACGCGCUCAUUUUGUCAGGUUGACGUUGCUACCAAACAUAUUUUUUCUAUUUAUUGAUCAUUUAUAUUCCCUUAUUUUAUUUUACACUCUUCUUGUUUAUUCAAGCCCUUUAUUAGCAGUCAGGUUGGGCGUAAUUAUGUAUUUCCACUGUAGACCCAUCAUGCAUUUAUAAGUUUAGAACCUAACAUUGAAAACCCCUUGUUAAUAAAUGCUGCUGAGUCUCUUGUAACAGUUUUAGAGCCUUAUUUCCUGAUUAAAAUGACAGCCCUGUAUCAAGCCAUUGUGUUUUGAUUGAAUGUUGUUAUGGGGUUUUAUUUACAACACGAGUAGUUGCAAUAAAACGGUCAAUAAUUA